AUGAUUAAUUCUAUCCUUCAAAAAUAUCUUCCAUUUAUUAAUUUUCUUAUUGCAUCAGCAGCAUUAGGUUUUCAAAUCAAUGUUUUAUAUCCGUGGCAUCAUGAACUUCAAAAAGAAUUCAAUAAAUUACAAAAACAACAAGAAGAUAAAUUACAACAAUAUCAUGAUCUUAAAAUGCAGACAAUUAAAAAUAUUGAAGAAAAUCUAGCAAAACUUUAUCAACAAAAAAAAUAA